AUGAGUCCGAACUUCCCUCGUAGUUACCCAGCUGGGGUCGCCUGUCGGUGGAUUGUGCAGUGUCCCGACGGCUAUCACUGCAGGGCUCGGUGUGGUUUAGGUAUGCCGCAGACUCCAACCUGCUCCCUGGAUCGCCUCUACAUCUCCAGAACAGGUGACAGUCAGCUGAACUCAGCUGAAUAUCAUUGUGGCCGCGGAUUUGUCAACGCUGUGUCUAUUGAUUCACGACUUACAUUUGGUCUUGUAACAUCGACAAAUAGUACUGGAGGUAGAUUCAAGUGUCUUAUCUCCACCCAACCGAUUAUCACCCCAAGAUGCAGUUGUGGCUACAAGAAAACGAACAGAAUUGUUGGUGGAGAAGAGACGAAACCUCACGAGUAUCCCAUGAUGGCUAGUAUACGGUAUUCGGAUUUCGGUGACGCUAUCAAAUGCGGUGCAGUCAUCAUUGAUAGGAAAUAUGUACUGACAGCUGCUCAUUGUGUCGAAAAUAAGGAAUUGGAUGAACUUACUGUGGUUGUUGGAGAACAUAACGUCACUACUGACGGCUGGGGAACUACGACGUUUGGAGGGCCAAAACCAAAAGUGCUAUUGAAAGCUAACGUUGAAGUUAUCAGUCAGGAAAGUUGUCAGCGUAAUAUAUCUACUCUGACACCUCGGCAAAUAUGCACAUUUACGCCAGGAAAAGAUUCCUGCCAGGACGAUUCCGGUGGACCCUUACUGUAUACUGACUCAUACAAUGGUCGUCUAUACAACGUGGGAGUGGUCAGCUUUGGUCAAUUCUGUGCGUCAACUGAACCAGCCAUCAAUACGAGAGUCACUUCUUUCUUGAACUGGAUUAGAAAGGAAGCACCAGCUAAUUAUUGUGUUCCCCCCGUGGAGAAUGUGUUAAUAGUCAGCCCUAAUUACCCUAAUAGCUACCCGCCUGAAUCUGCCUGUCGUUGGAUAGCCGUGUGUCCUACGGGAUAUAAAUGCAGAGUAGAUUGUGACGAUGUUUAUUUACCUGGGGGCCAAGAUUGCCCGACAGAUCGUCUGUUGAUCUCAAGAACUGGAGACAGUCAAUUAAUAUCAGCUGAGUAUUAUUGCGGACAAGGAUCACUGUCAGCUGUUUCAACGGGAUCACGGAUAAGCAUAGGUCUAGUAUCAUCAAAACAAAGUACAGGAGGUAGAUUCAGAUGUCAAAUUAGAGCUCAACAAGACAGUACUCCAACUUGCAAUUGUGGUUAUAGGAAAGUGAGCCGUAUCGUUGGAGGUGAAGAAACGAAGCCAAAUGAAUAUCCCAUGAUGGCUGGUAUUGUGUAUGUGGGAGAAAACACUAUCAAAUGCGGUGCAGUCAUCAUUGAUAAUAUAUACGUACUGACAGCCGCUCAUUGUGUUUAUAGUAAGGGAGUAAACGACAUCGCUGUUGUGGUUGGCGAGCAUGACGUCAGGAUUGGAACUGAUUCUCCAGAUAUCCAAGUGUUCAGAGUUUCAAGUAUUAUAAUUCAUCCGAACUACAAUUCCAACACGUAUGAUAAUGACAUCGCAAUCAUUAAAAUACAAGGCGUCAUCAGGUACAGUGAGAACGUUGGUCCAGUUUGUCUUCCAUUCAAAUUUGCGGACGUUGACCUUACCGGAGCCGUAGUAACUAUUCUAGGGUGGGGUACUUUAUUCCCGGGGGGUCCAAGCUCAAGUGUUCUCCGUAAAGUAAACGUGAACGUCAUCAGUCAGUCGACGUGUCGACAAAAUGUCUUGUCACUAACUCCACGACAAAUUUGCACAUUCACCAGAGGAAAAGACGCCUGCCAGGAUGAUUCUGGAGGUCCUCUUCUCUACCAAGAUCCUUCUACCGGUCGACUCUUCAACGUGGGAAUUGUCAGCUUCGGACAGUUAUGCGCCUCAAACAGUCCUGGCAUAAACACAAGAGUCACCAAUUUCCUUAACUGGGUCACCACCAACGCACCAGCCAAUUACUGCAAAAUUUAA